UUGAAUUGAUUCUACAAAAUCAUGAGAUACUGCCAGAUUUCUUGAGGAAACCAGCUCUACUUUUAAAAUUUUACUCUUUACUACAUUUUACUCUUUACUCUUUUACUUUACCUGGUUUGUGUUAAACAUUAACUUCAUCCGUAUCCAUUUUAAUGUCUAGAAUCAAAGAAUCGACUCCUUUUUUUUUAAAGAAUCGAUUCCUAGCCCUGUCUUUCUCCACAGAAGUAUUUUCACACUUUACAGACUCUUACAGAAAAAAUUAGUCCCCAGACUACUGUGUGUUAGUGGAUACGCCAUGAGUUCAAGCCCUUCCCACCUUCAUCAAAGAGAAGUGAUGGUAAGAAGUCAGGAAAGCACAAACAGUGCCACAUCUGCUGAAACAAGAGAACCACAACCUACAGGCUGCAGCUUGAUUGCAGACAUGGUAAACUCCAGCUAUGGAACUGAACCACAUUUAGACAAGUUUAAAGAGCAUCAACCUGAAUGUAAAGCAGUACAAUUUAAAGAAUCAGACAAAGAGGUUUCCAUCAGUGCAGCUGAGCAAGAAGCUGUUUCAGGUCCUGUUGUGAUCUUCUCUGAUAUGACACAAGACAAUUCAUUACAGUCUACAGAAUUGGCCCUGGAGUCUGUGAAUCUUCAUGAAAUUGACACAGCCCUAAUUGACAUCCUCCCUGAAGUGAAACAAGCCAAAGUAACCACAAUGGAAACUGAAGAACAAAGUACAGAUAUCAAAAAUGAGCCCCAGGACCAGCCAGAUUUGGAAAGUCCCGUCAUUAAACUCAUUGGAGAAAUGGACGAGGUAGAGAAUGGGCCCAAGUCAACCUCUAGUCCUGAACCACAGACAUCUCACAAAGACCAAAGCUCCCCAAAGCCUUCCCAUGAACAUUCCCUGGAUGUGAAUGGAGAUGGCAUGAUUUUUCAAGAAAUAGCAGAGACUAGGAUGGACCCAAAGGACAGAGAUGAUUAUGAGCAUUUAGAAGAAACAUGUUUUAAUAGUGAGACACAACUCCAGGCUCCUGAAGAGACUGAAACUUUGGAGCCUCCAGCAAAGAAAAGAUUAAGAAGAAGAAUGGGUAUGUGUGGCCUAGGAGACAGGAAGAGGAAGUUGCCCUUUGAUGAACAGCACUGUAGGCAGGGUCUUAUAGGAAGACAGAGGGAAGAAGGAGCUGGUGAAGGAAAUAAAGGCGUACAGCACCUGUAUAACACAGUGUUGGAGAAUGAUAGUACCACACCAAUGGACCAUGAAGGAACUACCAGACCAGGAUGUAAAGAAAAUGAAGAGGUUUUAAAAGACAAAGAGAACAAUUGUGCUGCUGUGAUGGAUGAUGAAAGAACAACAGGACUAGCAGAAAAAGAAAAUAGCUAUGCACUGACAAACAGCAUGAAUAAGUGCAUUGCAGUGAUGAAUGAUGAAAGUACCACAGAAGAAUCCCCUACAGAAGAUAGAGAUGUACCAAAAAAAGGCAUCUUAGAGGAAAAUGAUGGUACUGUAAUCAUGGAUGACAUGGAUGCUGAGCAAAUGGUUUUAGAGCAUGAGCUUAACCUAUUAGAAGAGAUAUCAGCAGGGGUGGGACAAACACCAUUAAGUCCCACCAUUGGGAAAAACUUGAUCCAAGAUGAACCAUCAGUAGCUGCUGCUACCAAUGACCAUGAAAUGGAAAUUGCUACCUGUGGUGAAGAACCAGACUUCCCUGGGACUGACAUGACCAACAAUGGACAAGAUAUCGAAUUUAACAUGAAACAUGACGUUCUGUCUCAGAAACAAAAUCUUCAUGCUGAUAAUAAAGUGGACGAGGACCCUGAUGAGAUUGCGACGGAAGUUGAAGUUGCUCAGGAAGUGAUCUGUAGCUCAGGUUGUGCUACAGUAGAAAUGUCUGAAGGUUCUGUCAUAGUUACUAACGAAGUCCAAAAGAUUCCAACUAAUUUGGAAGAAAGUGAAAUGAAGAUUGAAGAGCAAUGUCUACCCAAUAUGGCUGCCACUGAGAAACAUGACACAAACGGACCUGAACUGAGCGGGUCCACUGAAAAAGGAUUGGACCCCUUAUUUGUCGACAUCUUGGAUAUUGCGACGAUUGCUUCCAGUGAAAUACAAAAUGCAAAAGGUCAUGGUGAGAAUGACAAGCCCAUUCCAGCUGUAUCGGAGAGUACAGAGCCUGCUAGAGGAGACACCGACAACGCUGAAAAGAUCAGUGAAACUAUAGCACCACCUGCUGGCCAGGAGAACCACAUGCAUUGUCUUUUAGACCAGAAUGCCUGUGACACUUCUGUGAACCCUUCUGUUGCCGAGCAGCAGGUCUGUAACCCCUCUUCGACCCCUGCUGCUAGUGAGCUGCCACAGGAGACCGAUUUGUCUGUUCCAUCAUUGCUUUACUCCAUGACAGACUCCCAACUCCAUAAAAUUGCAUUAAGCAUGGAGCUGGAGGACGAGCCUAUCCCAGAAGGCUGCGAUCAACAGGAGGAUGCCACAGAGCUUGUGCGUGGCCUUAUCGGAGAACUCUCCUCUCUGAAUCGUACUGUGAUGGCGGCACACCGGGAGAUGGAACUCUUGCGCCGUGGAAAACUUCCAAAGGCUCCAAAUCGUCGCCUCUGUGGCCCUCGCCAUACUGAGAUGUAGCCACACGAGCACUUCCUGAUGACGGAGAUGUGAUUCAGAGUAUAAUAUCAUCCUGCUAUAAAAUAUUAAUUUGUCAGUUGCGACUAUUAGCGCUUAUUUAUACAAAUCUGUAUAUUGAAAAAACAGGCGUAAAUGGUGUAAUUUUGAUUUUGUGUUCGAGACUGGAUCUAUCUGGGUUAGAGGAGUUGGACAGGUUUACUGCUUUGUCCGUAAUGUUUGAUUUACUGUUUUUUUUUUUUGUUUUAAAUACAAAAUGCAUUAGCAGAAUGUUGGAAUGAGCCUCAACAUUUUCUUGACAUUUCUGUAAUCAGUUAUAGAGACAGCUAGCCAUGUCUCACAUUCUCUCUAUUCGCUUUUCAGAAACAGGUUGAUACGAGUACGUAGGUAGAUUAGUGUGUAGAUUUGCUUUUUUAUGUCACAAUGUUUGUUUUAUUGUUGUAACUCAGAGACCAGUUGAUAUUCGAUCAUCUACACUGGUGUUUUUUUUUUUAACUGGGCCAUUUGUGCAGAAUAAACUGCUUCAAACCCACUCAGUUCU